UGUUCACACUUUUACACUAAUGUUAAUAUGAACCCAUCAUCUUCAUCCUCAUUAUCCUCUCCACCAUUGUUUAAGUCCAGUUCCAGGCCACAGUCUUCCACAAAUCGUGAAACACCCUCCAUUAUACCCUUGGAUUACAACUAUCAAAUAAUGGCUCCCUCGUCGUUAAGGCCUCAAACUUCCCGUUAUAACUUGGUCUCGCGUUCUUCCACACGUCAAAGCAAUACCGAUGUAGAUGUCGAUAUGGAUGAAGAUCUGCCAUACAGCAGUUUAUUUGGUGAUCCAGUACCGCCACCGCCGCCAGAUGAUUUUUUAACUUCUGCCUUCCAACCUUCUCACUACUUACGUUCUACUUCAGUAGAACUAACCUCCGAAGAAGAGCAAACAUUGGGGCAAACGAUAACUUUAAGCAACUCUUCAAUGCCUCAGCGUUUAUUUCCUCAAGUGCCUUAUACUACUCUAAUGAGCAGGAGAUUUUCGAAUACUUCCUCGCAGCGCAACUUUGAGGUAAUGCCCACAAAUAUACCCAGACUCAAACCACCCGACAUACAAAUUCUACCCAACUCAAGUGGGGGAUCUUCAUCAGAUCCCCAAAAUUCGCCCAACUAUUUGUUACUCACACCCCAGGAUAUUACCAGAAAAUCAUCGGUUUACGAUGACAACCAGGAGCCAGCGGAUAUAUCCGAACUAAAAGAGACUUACACAAUAAGUGAUGCUCAUUCUGUAAGAGAAUUUAUACAUAGCACGGCAAGAAAGUCUACCUCACCAGAGGAUACAUUUGAUAUGCAAGCUUUAAGUCCCCCUCAAAAUAUGGAAAGUCCGUUUCCACGCCAGUUCUCCAAUGAAUCGUACUCAAGUGGCGAAUGGUUUCGUUCGGGUAAUUUGGACUAUCCCGAGUUCAAUAAAAUGCCCAAACUAAGACCAAGUUCAAAGAAUGUAAUGUCUAUAAAACGCGAUGAAAUGCCCAUGAACUCACCAGUAGCCGCCAUGAUUAACGAUUCGAAUGGCUCGAGCAGUGGUGAGGAACGUCUUAUGGAAGCCACACAAAUUCUAGACAAACCCUCUGUUUGUUUGGACUCUUUGAAACCCCCCGAAAGGCCACCAAGUCCUUCGCCUUCCUGUUUAAGAUCUUUAGAGGAAACCCUAGUGUUAACACCUAGAGAAUAUAUUAAACAAAGACGGAAAAGUAUAUAUCCCACACAGUUGGUGGAGCAAGAACCUCCAGAUGAAGAAGAAAAACCACCACCCAUACCGCCGAAACCUCACCUAAUAGAUGCAAAUGAUUUAGUCAAAUCACAACCUCAGACUCCACUAAAAAGAGAAGUGUCACCUGCGAUACUAAAAGACUCAAUAACAACGGGAGGGGAUUAUAGAGUGGAUCAAACUAGACUUCAUAAGAAAAGCUCGUUUACUAUAAUAAGUGAAAAAUCUCCUCAAUCAUCACAACCACAAAGUCCACGUUAUCUCAGAACUCGCGAACAUACCUCAGCAUCACUGAUACCCACAAAACAAACGACUUUACCCAAACAUCAAUUACAACGGAAGUCUUUAUCAUCAACCCAGCUAAAACUGCCACAUUUAGCGCCUCCCACUCCAACUCAACUAGCAGCGGAUGAUUCUCCUCGACCUUCGGUGCAAUUCGAUAUGACUGGACGCCAUAGUCCCAGCAAACUGCCGCCUCAAAAAGGUAUACUCCAGCACAAAGAGUCUUUGACUAUCUCUCAGGAUACACUGCCAGCUCAACAUAUGAGAAGACGUUCCUCAAUACUGCCACCUAUGAUUGAAGCACCAUCUAAACCUCAAAUGAAAAGUUGCGAAGCCUUACCCAUGAUAACAGAUCCCUACCGUACAUCAAUACCUAGACUUAAUCGUUCUGAUUUAGAGUUGGGACCAGAAAGUACUAUCUUUCCUCCUGGAGCAUUACCCAGGCCAUUGAAACCUAAUCCCAAUCCAACCCGUAAACAAAAGGGCCUUUUAAAGGUUUUAAAUCAUGAAGAGGCACUGUCACGUAUUCCUUUAAAAUCCAAUUGGUCAAGCAUGGAUGACUUGUGGUUGGAACGUAAAAGAAAACUAAUACUCUCGCCAGUUCAUGAUAAAACCAGCCGAAGAAGAUCUAGUUCUACAUCACCAUCCCGCCGCAGUUCUACACAAACUACUUCCGAUAGAAGAAGUUCCAAUCUGAGUACGGUUACAACAUCAGAUUUUAGUUUUCGCCGACCUUUCAUAGCACCAAAACCCAAAACACCUCAGACGCAAAGAAGAAAAUCUGUCUUCCAGUUACCUAGUCCUGCAACAAGGCGGAAAUCAUCCUCAACUUCAAGUAUAACAACCACGCAAAGUCGCCCUUCCAGAACAAAAAUUGCCAAGCCUACCACAUUAUCUCCUAUAAUAGGAACUCCUAACAAAGACAGUAGCUCUGCACAAAGCCCGAUACAUGCUAUGCGACCUAUAGCACCAUCUUCUGACAGUGUAUCAGAUAGCAAUUCAAGAAGAGAUUCCUUGUCAAAAAUACCUAUUCGAAGUCAAGCCAAUUCUAGAUCGAAUUCUCGUAUGAGUUCUAAUGCAGGAUCAAGAGCUGCCUCGAGAACAGGAUCACCCAGCAAAGAAUACUCGGCCACUGGAGUGCGUUCAAGAACUGUAUCUCCCGUUAAAGAUUAUCAGGAACUAGGAGGACGUUCAUCACAAAUGGCAACAAGUGCGGGAGUACUUUCGAGAACAGGCUCUCCUAUGAAAGACUAUCAGGAAACUGGGGGUCGUCUAUCACAAAUGGCAGUUCGAACUGGAGAAUAUUCAAGAACUGGAUCACCUAUGAAAGAAUAUCUAGAAACUGAUGGUCGUCUAUCACAAAUGGCAACUAGUAGUGGUGGAUUACAUUCAAGAAAUGUAUCUCCUACAAAAGACUAUCCAGAUGCGGGAGGACGUUCAUCACAAAUGGCUGGAGUACGUUCUAGAACUGGAUCUCCUAUGAAAGACUAUCAGGAAACCGGACGACGUUCACGAACUGGUUCUUCCAUAAAAGACUAUCAAGGUAGAGCUGAAGGACGUUCCUCCCAAAUAGCCACCAGUCGAUCUGGCUCAAGAGCUUCGCAAUAUAUAACUUCGCAACCAGGUUCCAGGGCUCAAUCCAGAGCCAAUUCUAGGAAUCAAUCAAGAUCUACAUCACGAGCAUCAACUCGACCCAUAUCAUUGCCAGAUUCAAGACCCACUUCUCGUAUGGAUCAAGCGAAGGAUAUAGCGAAUUCAAGAUCAAACUCUCGAUUAAGUAUGCAUUCUUCCAAGAGAGGUGGUAGUAUUUCUCCAAUUGUGGGACGUAAAACACCUACUAAACCAGUGUCAGCUGGAAGAAAAUCUAUUUCUCUAAGUCCUAAAAGCAAAAAAAUAGGAUCUCCCAGGCGUGGAUCUAUAAGUCCAGUUGGUAUGAAAGCUCGAGGUGGCCGCAGUCGUAGUCGUAGUAAGGCUCAUGUCAGUCCGGAUAGACUUUCACGUUCUCGUAUACCAGUCACCCAUGCAAAUGGAAGAAGUUCAACAAAAUCACCGCCAAGUAAAAAGAAAUCUAUCCUUUUAACAGAUCUUCGAAGAACGUCAUCGCUAAAAACAAAAGCGAAAACUCCAACAAAACAACCUGCAAGUGCCAAAAAAAUGCCAACAUCAGUGCGAAAACCAGAAACUAGUGUUAAAAGAACUCCCUCAUCAGUAGGCAAACAAGGAGCUAUGACCAAAAAACCAACAAGCAGCAUACAGAAACCUUCUGUGGUCAAAAGAGAACCCUCAAAUGUUUCCAAAAAGCCAAAAAUAAGUGGGAAACCACCAACAAGAGAAUCAACAUCUCUCAAUGUAAAAAAGAAAGCUCCCGCCACAAAGACACCAAUAUUAGGCAAAAAGAAUGGUAAAGACUUCCAAGCAGAUAAAAAGAGUCAAACAAAAGGGGGUAAAGAAGCUGGUACAAAACCAGAAACGACCAAGACCACCAGCACUACUGGUGCUAAAGAACAGAAAAACGAUGAAACUGUUGUGUUGAGUAAGAAGACUGAUGAAAAAGCUCAAAGUUCCGCCACAGCAACAGUUGCGGUACCAAUGCUAACGACUCUCAAGAAACAACCCUCCUCAGUAUCUCUAAUGCGUGUAAGUUCCAAAAUUAGCUUGCUUAAAAAACGAUCCGAUAGCACUAUUAGUAAAAAAACAUUAGACUUAUUAAUACCCGAAGUAGAGACCACGGAGGUUGAAGAAACCUCAUCCACCCAACAAUUAGCGGAAAUGGCUUUGGCUGAAGGUGGUUCGAUACCCGCUGCUAUACUGGAAAAAUCUCAAAAAACUUUGGAGAAUAUACAAAAAACGGUAACAGAAGCAACGGAAGAAAUACAAAAAACCAUCAAUGAGAAUCUUACAGAUCUCAAAAGUUUGGAACAGGAUAUGGGUCUCACUUCGGACAGUGCCGGUUCUCCCACACCCAGUGUAACGACAGUAGUUGAGAAGAGGUCAGGCUCGCAGAAACAAAAGGGUGAAUCAGUUUCUCGUCAGGGUACAGCAGAGGGUACUGAAGGAAAGGCUUCCUCCAAAAGCCCCCUACCUCCAACACAACCAAUCGAAGCUGCUGUAUCAGUAUUGAAUCCAGAAGACUCACAUACAAAUGGUACAUCGGCUAUGAGUAAUGGGUCUUCGAAGUUGGAUGCUGCAACGGAUGGUCAUGCAGCGGCGGCAAAUGCUACGGGGGCAUCAGAAAGGGUUAGUGAACGUGCUAUAUCUGUAUUGCCUGAAGUUGACUGUGAAAGUGCAAAUUUGCAGAGUUAUCAGGGCGAAACAACAGGUGGAGAUGUCGAUGACAGGGUGCAAUCUUCUGUGGAACCUGGAACUAUGGGUAUGGAUAAAUCUACAAUGGGUGGAGCUGGCGUUGGUACAGAAGACUAUGAAUCCGAAGCUAAGAGAAGAUCACCAGAUGGUCAAGGUGGUUCGCAAGAGGGCAGUGGAAAGGGAUCUGGCAGUCAAGAGUAUUUGGAAAACAAAUCCCUCUCCGACGAAGACGAGACCACACCCAAAGGCUGUUGUCGCUGUUGUGCUAAAUUCUGUAUGCCAUGUCGUCGUUUGCGUUGUUCACGCUGCUGUCAACGCAAAAAGUCCACGCCCAAAGAUGAGGCCGAACAGCCAGUACUCUCAGCCACCAGUAGUGCCACCACCACACAUCUAGAAAUCGUCGAUGAAAAGCCAGCGACGAAAAUCUCAUGCUGGCAAAAACUAAAUUGUUGUAAAAGUUGUAGGAAAAAACCCCAAGAUACGAUGGACUCAUCGGUAUCACUGCAGAAGGAAGAACGCUUCAAAGAAACAUCAUUUAGACCCAUGGGUCCGCCGAAACAAAGUAAAUGUGGUUUGUGUUUGAGUAAGAUAUUUUGUUGUCGUUCCGUUAACAAGAUCGAUCCAAAGACGGGCGAUGAGACGGAGGUAAAGAAAUGUUGUUUCUGUAUACCUUGUCGCAAGAAGCGUGGCGAUGUCCGAGGAUCGGCUGUGAGCUCAGUGACGGGAGGUUCUACAGCGGCUUGGGAGGAUCCUGAAAGAGGUAUAACGGCCACCGAUGGGGCUGUUCUGGAGGGACAAGAUGUGGAGGCAAAACCGGGUUGCUGUAAACGUUUUUGUAACUUUUUACUAUGCUGCCGUAAAAAGAAAGUGGAAGUUUCGGACAGUCGUAGGCCCAGUAUUAGAGCGCCACCACCAGAGGACAAUCGUCGUAAAUUACAUGCCGAUUUAAUUGAAUAUAACUCAAAAAUGAAAGGAGCCAUACCGGUGAUGCCUCUCUGUUUGGCAUGGUUUUGUGCUUUAUGCAAUGUUCUAGUACCGGGAUUAGGUACUUUACUAUCGGGUUUAUUUUGUCUUUGUGUGGGCAUACCACGUUUCUCACAAUACGACAGUGCUAAAGCCCGUAUGGGAUCUUUCAUUAUAAAUACCAUUGUAGCCAUAGCUCAAUUGUUUUGUGUGCUAUUCUGUUUCGUGGGCUGGGGUUGGUCCAUAUGGUGGGGUACAAUAAUGUUAAAAUGUGCAAGAAAACUAAGUAAAAUCCGUAAAGUAGAACGCUUAGAAAUGGAGGAAGAAAAACGUCAGGCAGCAGCCGCCGAAGCAGCAGCUGCAGCAGCGGCAGCUCCUAAGACUACAGCUCCUCAUGUUACACAUGAGGCGGAGCCGGCAAAAUUUGACCGCCACGGCUUCAAAGAAACAUCAUUUAGACCCAUGGGUCCGCCGAAACAAAGUAAAUGUGGUUUGUGUUUGAGUAAGAUAUUUUGUUGUCGUUCCGUUAACAAGAUCGAUCCAAAGACGGGCGAUGAGACGGAGGUAAAGAAAUGUUGUUUCUGUAUACCUUGUCGCAAGAAGCGUGGCGAUGUCCGAGGAUCGGCUGUGAGCUCAGUGACGGGAGGUUCUACAGCGGCUUGGGAGGAUCCUGAAAGAGGUAUAACGGCCACCGAUGGGGCUGUUCUGGAGGGACAAGAUGUGGAGGCAAAACCGGGUUGCUGUAAACGUUUUUGUAACUUUUUACUAUGCUGCCGUAAAAAGAAAGUGGAAGUUUCGGACAGUCGUAGGCCCAGUAUUAGAGCGCCACCACCAGAGGACAAUCGUCGUAAAUUACAUGCCGAUUUAAUUGAAUAUAACUCAAAAAUGAAAGGAGCCAUACCGGUGAUGCCUCUCUGUUUGGCAUGGUUUUGUGCUUUAUGCAAUGUUCUAGUACCGGGAUUAGGUACUUUACUAUCGGGUUUAUUUUGUCUUUGUGUGGGCAUACCACGUUUCUCACAAUACGACAGUGCUAAAGCCCGUAUGGGAUCUUUCAUUAUAAAUACCAUUGUAGCCAUAGCUCAAUUGUUUUGUGUGCUAUUCUGUUUCGUGGGCUGGGGUUGGUCCAUAUGGUGGGGUACAAUAAUGUUAAAAUGUGCAAGAAAACUAAGUAAAAUCCGUAAAGUAGAACGCUUAGAAAUGGAGGAAGAAAAACGUCAGGCAGCAGCCGCCGAAGCAGCAGCUGCAGCAGCGGCAGCUCCUAAGACUACAGCUCCUCAUGUUACACAUGAGGCGGAGCCGGCAAAAUCUUAAGUAAUGUACCAAAAACUAACUUCCAUUCUACGCACCGACUUCAAAGGUGUGAGAAAGAAACGCAGUGUGAAAUUCCAAAAAUGAAAACAACAAAUGAAACAACUUCCAACUAGUCAAACAUAAUUCAAAAAAGAUUUCCAAAACUGUCUACCAAAAAUUAUAGAAAUGAAUAAUUAAAACCACUUCCAAAUUAGAUAAACUAAUUUAAAUAACCUUGAAAAGUCUACCAAACUAUAAAUUUGUUUUCCCAUUUUAAAAUGAAACAAGUUUUCCAUUAGUUAAUUAUUAUAAAUAAAACAAUCUAUCUAUACUUUUUUUAGUUAACAAAAAAAGUAUUUCGAAAAUGAAUGACCAUUAUUUAAACAUAAA